AGCUGUCAUCGGUUUCAGUUCCAAAGUAAACUUUACAGUUUAAAGGUGUAUUAUUUUACAUCGGUAAAACCGCAAGGUUUUACUUUAUAAGUUAUUUUUAUUAAGUUUAAUUCUUUGUGAAAAAGGCGCUGUUUAGUGAACUUUAUCAAGAUGGAGAUGCUAUCCGAUGUACUCCAGCCGUACAAGGAGUUGGUGGGCACCGUGGCAGCCAUCGUCACCAUAGGGCAGAUGUUCUCCGGCUCCUUCAUUUGUUACGACGUGUACAAACAGGGCAACACCAGAGGGAUCACCAUAGCCCCCUUCCUCGGAGGUGUUGUUAUGAGCUUGCUCAACUUGAAAUACGGUUACAUACUACGCGAUGACAAAAUGAUCCAAGUAAACCUGGUCGGUUUGGCGUUGAACAUUGUCUAUGUGCUGGUCUACUUCCAUUACACCUCUGAGAAGAUCAAGGUGUGGGCUAAGAUCGGUGUAGCGGGUGCCUUCACGGUCGCACUACUGGGAUACGCUGAGAUUGAAGAUCCUAAGCUCGUUGAGAACAGAUUCGGGACUAUUAUCACCGCUUUUAUGUUCUACUUGAUUGCAUCACCCUUGUUUGGCUUGAGGGAAAUAAUAAAGAACCAGAGCACCGAGGGCCUGCCGUUCCCCAUCAUAUUCUCUGGAGCAAUCGUCACAUUUAUGUGGCUGCUCUACGGCAUCAUCUUGAAGAACAAGUUCCUCAUUAUUCAAAAUGUAGUCGCUGUAAUUCUAUGCUCCAUUCAGCUAGCGUUGUUCGUCAUCUAUCCAUCCAAACGCGCCGUCAAAGAAAAAGUUAAGGCGAAGGCGAAGAAGGCUGAUUAAAAGGUUAAUUAGUGUUACGUGUAAGUUAAUAAUGGUACAACAAUAGCAACACUGGCCUGCAAUUUAUUUGAAAUUGCAGGGUAUUACAUAACCUCAAAUGUCAUUGAUAUUUCCGGUGACAGUUCCUUUGUGCACGAUUUUGUUUUAUUUUAUUUGUAAUUUACAAAAUAUUAUACAUUUUUAUGUUGUAUGUGUUUUUGACACUGAUUUCUAUAAAUGGGUAGAUUAUUGCUUCGAAAUUGCAGCUUAUGCUACGUUGUCUAUAUCUAUUAUUAGUUCUUAUCCUCACCACCGCUACAAACCGCUACCAUCAGCGCCAAGAUGGCGAAAAGCAAAUCGGCACAAAAUACGACGGCUUAUGCCACUUUUAUAGAGGUCAGUGACCUUAACGUAAAUAUAUUUUUAAAAUAGCUAUUGUCAAUAGAAGCAACAUAGUUGCAUUG